AUGGGUCGUCUGUCUCUGAAUCUCAUAAUGCACGAUCUAAGGGAUAGCAUCUAUUCUCUGUACCGCAUGGACAUCCGACACCUUUUCUACGAAACAGCAGAAAUUGCAGUGCACGCAGCAGAAGAUGCAAAAGCCAAGAAGAAGAAUAAACUAUCAAUGAUAGAGUCCUGGAACGAUCUGCGUAAGCCAGUCGCCCAUUUCAAAGCAUCUAAUUUCUUCACUCUACUGAGAGAAAACUCCAUCAUGUUGGCUGACUCAUUUGGUCGUACAACACUCUUAGACAUUGACUUCAAGUCCGUGGUACCCAUGCCCCCUAUGCCUAAUGGCAAGGGACCCAAUUGCAUCUGUUUCUCAAUACCUAAUCCUGAGCCCUUAAAAUCUUAUUCCCAGUGCCUCUUUGUCCUGGAUCUGGUUCCAGGUAGCAGUACCAAUUCCUCCAGCUUUGAGUUCCUGACAUACUUAGGGAGUCGGGACUCCUCCCGCCCCCUGGUGUCUUCCCAUUUCCAUUUGAAUUGGUUAUGGCAUGAUUUGCCAGUGCCAGCGUUCGCAGAGCACCCUGCCAACAGUAGAGCCGCCAUGAACUAUUCUUACAUGUUGCUUGACAGUUCUACAAUGUGUUUAUCCUCCAGUGAAGAGGGCAUAGGCACCUAUACCUUUGAUAUGGUUAACCACAAGUGGUCACGUGCUGGUAACUGGGUGCUGCCCUUCUGUGGCAAAGCAGAGUAUGUCCCUGAGCUCAAGCUUUGGUUCGCCCUCUCUCCUAGCGCCCCCCACAGCUUGUGUGCUCUGGACUUCCCUGCCAUGGAUUUUGAUUUGCCACCUGAUUUGCUGCGUACUUGGGAUUGUCUCCACCUGCAUGAUGAGACUCCAUACAAGCGCCACCUUGUUAACCUGGGCUCAGGUAAGUUCUGUGUGGUCUCGUUCUUCAAGACCUUUAAAUCCAAAUAUGUGGCAGAAAAUAUGGAAGAUGAGUCUGCUGUGUUCACUGGCCUCGAGGUGCGCCGCUGCAACAACAGCGAGGGUGCUGUACGGAUGAUCAAACACAUGUCUAAACGUUACACCUUUGGAAGGUUUGGCAUCCAGUCCAUUCUCUGA